CUGAAAUGUGGGAACUGUGGUGAAGUUUCUGAAAAAUGGCAGUAUCUGCGAUUGAUGGACAGUGCUCCCCUGAAAGGAGGCAGAGGAAGCGCCACCAUGGUGCAGAAAUGCAAGCUGUGCUCCAGGGAGAACUCCAUUGUUCACAACAGGUACAUACUUAUCAUCAUGCUCAUGAAGGAGACAGCAAGGCCUCCUGAUAUUUUAAGUCAGACAAUCAAACCUUACAACGCUGAAGACAGCGAGAAAUUCAAAACAAUAGUGGAGUUUGAAUGAAAAAAAAAACCGGUUGACUUUCAACCACAGGCAGGGUUUGCCGCUGAAGGUGCAGAAUCUGGCACACCUUUCAAUGACAUAAACUUGUUAGAAAAGGAUUGGAAUGACUAUGAUGAAAAAACAAAGGAAUCUGUUGGAAUCUAUGAAGUUACCCAUAAAUUUGUAAAAUGCUGA